AGAGUUUGUACGUUGAUGACAACUCGAAGUUACGAGGUAACCUAUUUAAAGACGCAAAAGAAUUGGGAGCAAAAGAACUUCGCUCACACUCUCUCUGCUUUUAAGAGACUCAUUCUAAAAAACCUUUUGUUGAUUAUUAAAUUCACGGGAGUCAAAUUUUUUUCCUGGAAUAGCAGAAUAAAUAAAAAUAUUUUGGGUGUCAAUAAAGAUUUCCAAGAGAUGAAAGAUCCUAUGAUGGCGAGAUUUAUGAAUGAAUGUUGCGAGAUUAAUAAUAACAACUCACCUGAUUACAAUUAUAUAAACUACGAUGCAAAUGACACGGUAGAGCAAGAUUUUUUGAGAUCGAUAGAAGACGACACAGAAAAACACCGCGGUUUCAUUCGAAAACUUGCUAAUGACCACAUACAUUAUAAACUGUUUGGUAAAGGAACUAUAAACAUAUGCGAUACAGAUAUAAAAAUGAACCCUUUUGAAAAAAAACUCACAACAACAGUCGUUACAUUACGUCGUGUCAGUAGUGAGCUAGAAGAUAUGCAUAUUGAUUUUUUUGAAAAUGUAUGCCAUGCAAUUAACGAAGAAAACGCGGGUGAAGUUUUCAAUGAAGUUUCGCAAAAGGUUUUGACUGAUGACAAUUUAAAUUGGGGACGGGUUGUUAGUUUAAUUACAUUUGGUGGAAAGUUAGCUCAAUGGUUUUGGGCUAGACAACCAAAUAAUGAACUGAUUGAAGAAAUCGAGGAUUGGUUAACCGAAAGCUUAUCAGAUAAAAAAGACUGGAUUAAACAAAAAGGAGGCUGGGACGAUUUCAAUCGCACAUUUACAAAGCCAGCACAAAACACAUGGUGGAAAACUAGCCUUUGGGUUGGAUUAAGCGCAUCUCUAGCGGCAGCAUUUGUUAUGAAAUCGCUAAGGUAAAAUGCAGUUCAAUUACAAAAGUAAAUAUGACUUUAAAUUAAGCAAAAAUUAAAAUACGAAAAUUUUGUGUAGAUUCUGUUUUAUUGUAAAUAAGAGAAUUACAGUUGGAACAAUAUUUUUAUAAUGUAAAUAAAUAUUUAUCUGAUCA